GCUCUUCUAUAUCUAUCCUGUCUAUCCUCGUUCACACGAAGCUUUAAGAUGAUGGCGAAGACUCUCCUGUGCGGUCUCGUGACCCUCCUCCCGGCUGCGCUCGGUUUCGUCAUGCCGACCGCCUCCAGCAGCGCCUUUGCAAGAGGAAGCGGGGUCGCUCAUGUUUCGGCGACCACCGCACCAUCGGCGGUCAGCAGGCCCACCAUGGCCAUGGAGCGCUCGUACAUCAUGAUCAAGCCGGACGGCGUACAGCGAGGCCUUGUCGGAAAGAUCAUCACUCGGUUCGAAGAGCGCGGCUACAAGCUGGCGGGUCUCAAGCUCAAGCAGGCCGACGAGGCCCUGCUCAAGAAGCACUACAAGGACCUCGUCGACAAGCCCUUCUUCCCGAAGCUGCUGGCCUACAUGAUCUCGGGGCCGGUGGUCUGCAUGGCCUGGGAGGGCAAGGAUGUGGUGGCGAUGGGACGCAAGAUGCUGGGAGAGACCAACCCGCUGGCGAGCGCACCGGGGACCAUCCGUGGAGACUUCUGCUUGGAGGUGUGGCGAAACAUCUGCCACGGGUCUGACUCGGUAGAGAACGCGGACAAGGAGAUCGCUCUGUGGUUCGGGGAAGCGGAGGUAGUGGACCACGAGUCCGCCAUGCAGGACUGGAUCUACGAGUAGGAUAUCGAUUGGUUGAGGAUCUCCGGCCUGUUGAAUAGACAGAUAGAUGAUGAGUUGCGGGCGAAUGAGGGAGUCAUCUCAGACAUGUGUCGG